UUGAGGAAGGGUUCUCUCUCCCUCACUCUCUCUCUUUCUCUCUCUGAUGCGGGGAGCCGUGCCGUGCCGUGUAUGCGUGUGUGAGCGUGUGUGUUGAGAGAUGAUGAAACGUUCGCGUCAGUGAGCCGUUGGGAAGCUUCUCCCUGCCUAAGGAUGUGAGAAAAUUGGAGGCUGAACGAGGGAUCCGCUCCAUCCUGCAGGCCGAGCCGUCUGCACAGGCCUGCUUUCCCUCUCUCUCUCUCUUUCUCUCUCUCUCUCUCUCUCUCUCUCUCACUCUCUCUGUGUCUCCAUCCUCUUUCGUGAGGCAUCUCUCACCCUCCAUUCUUGUUCUUCCUCUGUGGAGCACAGGGAUCGUCAUCCCCCAUCGAUUCGUUUUUUUGUGGUGGUGGUGGUGGUGGUGGCUGCCUCCUCCCCCUCUUUGUACAUCUUCACCACCUUCUGGUCUCUUUUUCUAUUCUUCAAGAAGACCUAUUUGGAAUAAUAAACCUCCAUGUAUGACAAUUUGUACCUGCAUGGAUUUGAAGACUCGGAGGCGGGCUCAGCUGAUUCCUACACUAGCAGGCCAUCUGACUCAGAUGUGUCGUUGGAGGAGGAGAGGCCGGAGGGGGGCAGUCAGGGCCGGCAGGAGCGAGAACAGCAGGCUGCACAGCAGCUGGAGAGGGCAAAGGCCAAAGCGGUGGCUUUUGCCGUGAAGACAAACGUCUGUUACUGUGGUGCUCUUGACGAAGAUGUUCCAGUGCCCGGAACCGCCAUCUCAUUUGACGCAAAAGACUUCCUGCACAUCAAAGAGAAGUUUAAUAAUGACUGGUGGAUUGGUAGGCUGGUGAAGGAAGGCUGUGAGAUUGGUUUUAUCCCCAGUCCUCUGAAACUGGAGCACAUCAGAGCGCAGCUGGAACUGAAGAAAAGCCGUGUACAAGGUAAGUCCAUUGGAAGCUCCUCCUCCAGUUUGGGGGAUGUGAUGUCAUCAGGCAAGCAGAAACAGAAAGUGACUGAACAUGUGGCCCCCUAUGAUGUCGUGCCUUCCAUGAGGCCUGUGGUGCUGGUUGGUCCAUCUCUAAAAGGAUAUGAGGUAACAGAUAUGAUGCAGAAAGCUCUUUUUGACUUCCUAAAACACCGGUUUGAUGGCAGGAUAACAAUCACACGUGUGACGGCAGACAUCUCGCUGGCAAAGAGAUCAGUGCUCAACAAUCCCAGCAAAAGAGCCAUUAUUGAGCGCUCAAAUACCAGAUCGAGCCUUGCUGAGGUCCAGAGCGAGAUUGAGCGCAUAUUUGAACUUGCCCGCUCGCUCCAGUUGGUUGUGCUGGACGCAGACACCAUCAACCAUCCCGCUCAACUGCUGAAGACUUCACUAUCACCCAUCAUCGUCCAUGUCAAAGUGUCCUCUCCAAAGGUCCUCCAGAGGCUCAUCAAGUCGAGAGGAAAGUCUCAGAGUAAACACCUCAAUGUACAGCUCGUAGCAGCAGAUAAACUAGCACAGUGUCCUCCGGAAAUGUUUGAUGUCAUCUUGGAUGAGAAUCAGUUGGAAGAUGCAUGUGAGCACUUGGCUGAGUAUCUUGAGGCUUACUGGAAGGCCACCCACACCUCCAGCAGCACCCCACUCAAUCCUCUGCUGGGCAGAAACCUCGGCCCUGCUGCCCUGGCUCCAUACACUACAUCUGCCAUCUCUGGCUUGCAGAAUCAGCAGGGUCCAAAAACACGGCACGCUAACCACACCGGGGACCACUCGACCCCCAACGAACGGCGCAACCUGAUGACCUCAGACGAGAACUACCACAACGAACGAGCGCACAAGGGACGAAACAGGACCUCCACUGGCUCACAGCACGGCAGCGGCGGUCGAGACCACCAUUACAUGGAAGAGCAGCAGGGCUACCAGGACCCCUACCAGGACACCUACAAGCCCCACCGCAACCGCAGUUCGCCAGGCAGCUACAGCCAGGACUCACGACAUCGGCUCUGAGCCAUCCUGCCACUAUUUGUCCUCCAAGCCUGAGCCACAGAGCCACCAAGCCAAGAUGGCCUCUGUCCUGAAUUGUAUACAUCUUCCAUUGUUUUUUCUUCUUUGUUAAUAUCUCUUGAGCUACAGAGCAGAAUUUCUUAACCCCUCCUAAACCUUCGUCAGCUGACCAAAGCCUGUAUUUUCAUCUGCUUAAAAAAGCGUCCGCCAGGGGGAUAAGAGACCUUGCGCAAUGGAGCAGAAACGGGACAGUUGUUAUGCUUUUAAAUGUUAUGCUUGUUGACUUUUCGUUUGUCUAUUCUGUUGCAAAAGGGCAGGUUGAACUUCAGCCGAACCAAGCAACCAUUUACCCUUAAAAUGUAAUGGAGGGAUUUGUUUGCCCUCUGAAGCAAAUAUUCAGUGACGCUAGCAAUAGCAGAGAAUCUUCCAGUAGAAGGAGAGAUAAAGGAUCUCUGAAAACAAUGAGCUCAGUUAGUAUUUGUUAUAUCAUUAUUGGCAGCAUGUUACCUGACCGCAUGCUUCCCCAAGCAUUAAUAGACAGACUACAGGUUGAUCUCCAGAUCUUUGCCCGUAGGUGGCUGACAAAUCGGAACAUUUCCAUAAUGUAACAUAAACCUACUGCCAGCUCUCUUUUGUCACAAAGAUGGAAUCCCAUGACCUUGGAGUUUUCCAGAUGUUAGGGCGUAGAAAUUCCACCUUACGGCUGCUGUAAACAGCAGGACACUCGGAUUCAGCCACAAUACAAAUGUCGAAGACAUUCAUCUGUGCAGUUCAGCAUGAUGCUAAUAUUUGCCAUUCUUUUCUAGUUAGGAAGACAGCUUAAAGAGAUGCAUAACAUAGGAAUGCUGAACAAAAUUGUCGCUGUGAUCUAGUCCUUAGUAGAGUUAGCAAACAUAAACUUUUUAGAAUUCAUGUUCUUAAUUUAACUGCGAAAAUGAUGGCACCUUGGUACGUUGUAAUUUAAAUAGAUCCAUCUUUUCUCAAGGUUGCUUGGUGUCUAUAAAAAAUAUCAAAGACUAUUUUCUUUAAUAGUAAAUGUAACUCUAGUGUGAAUAGCUCACGUUGGUACCCAGUGUCCAAUUGGAGCAGCUGCUGUCCAGGUGAAAUACAGCGAUCUCUCGCCACAUCUCAGUGCUGCAGAAUAUACCUGCAUGCACCUGCUCUUAUUUUUCAAUGUGAAAGUCACUGGCAGCGGACUCACGUCCUCAGCUUAUGAAACUUACAGACCCAAGUCCCUGGCAAACCAUGGAUUUCCUCGCCUGCAUAUCUUCGCCUUAUUGAUUUAUGCUAGUUUGUGCAUUUUCAAAAAAAUACAAACUUUUUUGAGGAAAAACUCUGAAGGACCACAAGACGUUCAAACGAGUACAUUCUGUGUGCAUUUGUCUAUGAGCAUGCUUCUCUGUUAAUGUAAUAAUAAGGAUGAAUGAACACAAGGAAUUUGGCAGUCGAUGCCCAUUUGACAAAAAACAGAAGAUUCAUCUCUGAAUUCGCUGCCUGAGACAAUCAGACGGAACUUCUCUGUAAAACCGGACAAACGUUCAUUCCUUCCCAUCAUUACACUCUCUCCAGUUUCACAGCUUCAUCUGAGCUCCAGAUAAAAGAAAUGUGUCCAUUUUUCCUUUUUUUGUGAAAGUUGAGAAAAUAAAGACGGAAAUGCAAAAUUGCAUGCAUAUCAUUUUAAUUUAUAACAAAUUUGAAAGAAAAAAAUGUUUUAUGGAAUAUAAUUGUGUAAAAGGCAAAUCUAGCAGUAUUUAAGUUCUUUUACAAAAAAGAAAAGAAGAAAAAAUAAAUGGUCAUUUUGAAACUUU